AUGUCAGUUUCAGAAAACUAUAUACCACAAUCAGAGAACUUGGAGCAUUUCAAUAACAUAGUGGAUGAAUUGAGAUCGAUAACUGAUGAAAAUACUCAAUUGAAGAAUAAUAUCUUGACAAAAGUUGAUUUAUUGAUUAAGCAACUAAAUCAUGGACAUGUUGAUAAUUCAGAUGUUAUUAGAAAACUGAAUGGGUUUAUUGCACAGUUUGGUGGUGAUGAAGUUGCGAAAAGUAAUAAUGGUACUGGUGAUGUUAUGGAUGAAAAGACACAAUUAUUGGAACAAAAUAAGAAAUUGAAAGAUAUUUUAGCAUCAAAGAUUAAAUAUAAUGAUGAUAUUGAACAACUGAAUAAGGAGUAUCAAGAGGGGAUAGAUCAAGUGAUGCGAGAUGUGCGUAUAAGGAAGUUCCACUCUGAUCAUUUAAGGAUUGAAAAUUUUAAGAAAAUUCAUGGUUCCAUAGCACAAUUACAAGAUGAAGAAUUUCAAACAUAUUUAAUAUUGAUAAAUCAUCAAGAGAUCUUAUCCAAGAUAGGUCGUGCAAUUUCUGAUGUUUUAAAGAAUUUGAAUCAGGAUAGUAGGGAUGAAUUAGAAUUACAAAAAUUGUUGACAACUCUUGAACUAUAUAAAUCUUCAUGUUUGAAUAAAAACGUUGCGGCAGUUACAACACAGCGAUUCAAAACCCUUACAAAGAAAUUCAAGAACAAUGGAGGAAAGAAUAAUAGUAUGCAGAAUUUAUCCAAUGGCAAUGGUUAUAUCAAUUAUAUACCGCCUAAUAAAAGGGAUCCUGCUCCGUCAUUUGAUAAAGAGAGUGAAUGGCCACCCUUAGGAAGUUAA